AUGAGGAGGAAGAAACAAGGAGUCACCGAGGGCGAAGGAGCAUCGAUCCUGCUACUCGUCGCAUUGACUCCUGUUAUCUGCUCCGCCGGAAUCCUGGACCCUUGGCAGUGGGCACGUAGCGAUCGAAUCGAGGUCAACAUCCCUUGGCUGCCAUUCGAGAAUGAAACACGUUGCUACGACGAGCUAGGGUGCCUGAACAUAACCAGGAGCUGGUACCACCUCAUCCACAGACCACUAAAUGUGUUUCCUCUGCCGCGAGAAGUGAUCAAUACGAGAUUUAUUUUGUACACGAAGGACAAUCCCACCGACGGUCAAGUGCUGAUAGUUGCUAAAAAUAAAUCAAUUAAGAGGUCAUACUUCAAUCCGAAGAGGCAAACGAAGUUCAUUAUACACGGGUUCAUAGACACCCCGCUUAGCAAUUGGGUCAAGGAAAUGAGAAAUGAAUUACUGAAACAUGAUAACUACAAUGUCAUCAUAGUUGACUGGGCUGGAGGAAGUCUACCUCUUUACACUCAAGCAACAGCCAAUACAAGACUGGUGGGCCUUGAAAUAGCUCAUCUCAUUAAACACUUACAGACAAAUUAUGGAUUGGACCCAAAUGAGGUGCACCUGAUUGGACACAGCUUGGGGGCCCAUACUGCUGGGUAUGCGGGCGAAAAGUUGGGUGGGAACAUUGGCCGAAUUACAGGAUUGGAUCCUGCAGAGCCCUAUUUCCAAGGAAUGCCUAGUCAUCUAAGACUUGACUACACUGAUGCCAAAUUGGUUGAUGUCAUUCACACAGAUGGCAAAAGCAUCUUUUUCCUAGGACUUCCAGGAUAUGGAAUGAGCCAGCCUUGCGGCCACUUGGAUUUCUACCCAAACAAUGGCAAGGAACAGCCAGGUUGUACAGAUCUGAGUGAAACUACGCCUUCUCUGCCCUUGACGCUGAUAAAGGAGGGUCUGGAGGAGGCAUCGCGGGUACUAGUGGCCUGCAAUCACGUGCGUGCCAUAAAACUGUUUAUCGAGAGCAUCAACUCCAAGUGCCAAUAUGUGGCUCACGAGUGUUCCAGUUAUGCGAGCUUCCUCAAGGGCGAGUGCUUCUCAUGCAAGAGCAACAACAGCCUCAGCUGCGGCGUCAUGGGGUAUCACGCUGACACCAGCCCGGCUCUGGUCAAAAGACAAGCCAUAGGGCAGGAUGUCCUAUCUUUGCUAGGCUCGAAAUUCUUCUUCACUACUGGCAAAGAGGAUCCUUAUUGCAGGAGACACUACAGGAUUACUAUUAAUCUUGCCCGACCAUCGACUGCGGAAAGCUGGGUCCAAGGUUUCAUGAAAGUCACUCUUCACGCGGAAAACGGCAUCAUUCGGGACGUCGAUCUCACUCCUAGCGGUUACAUGAAAUUGGAACACGGAUCGACAGUGCGAAUGGUCGUCGCUCAUCCAGCCGGGGCAACCGGAGAAAUUGGAAAAAUCAGACGGGUUGAACUUUCAUGGGCUUACGAUAUGGACGUAUUGCAACCAAGAUCGCUAUGUUUUUUCUGGUGCAACGAUCGCCUCUACGUGAACAGCGUCACCGUGGAUGUCAUGGAACUUCCAGGCAGAGGAAAAAGGGAGACAGACUUCACCAGUAAGCUUUGCUCAGCAAGCAGGCAGGAUUAUGCAGAAAUUGCUAGUGGUUCCACAGCAUCUUUCAUCGACAACUGCUGACAGUGUCUUCAAGUUAUUUAACAUGUAUCUGAUUACAACGUGAUAGUAGUUCGAGGUUC